ACGAAUGUAGGCGGUAGAUAAUACAAUGGAAUUUAAAUCAUAUAUUUAUAAGGAAGAAUCAAACAAAGGAAAGGUUGAAACUUUCUACCAGAGGGAAGACCGACUUGGCCGAUGCUACAUCCUAAUAUAUAAUCACAUAUCACCACUCGCGUCCUCGCCGCCGUUCGCUCCCUAUCUCCUCCUGCGCCCUUCCACGUGCCACCACCGUUGCAGUUGUUGAUUCUUCCGUUGUGGAGGAGAAGCCAGCCCCGGUUCGGUCUCUUAUCGCGUGGGUGCGAGCUCGACUUGGAUUUGUUCUUGCUUGGGGGCAAUGGGGAAGAGGAUCCACGGAGGGGACGUCUCCUCCUUCCUCCUGGCUUUCCUGUGGCUGCAGUUGGGUCUCACCACUGCCCAGACUUCAUCGGCUUGGCGGACGCUGAGCGGUAACUCCCCCGCAAUAAUAGCUAAGGGAGGCUUCUCAGGAUUGUUUCCUGAUUCCAGUUCCUAUGCCUACAGUUCUGUCUCAGGUACCAGUGCAAAUGGUACCACUUUAUGGUGUGAUGUGCGGCUGACAAAAGAUAGCGUUGGAAUUUGUCUUCCAGACAUAAAGUUAGACAAUUGCACCACCAUCCAAUAUUACUUUGGUAUGGGGAAGAAGACUUACGUGGUUAAUGGUGUGAAAACAUCAGGCUGGUUCUCUGUGGACUAUAGCAUUAGUGAUUUAGCACCGGUUACUUUGACACAAGCAAUUUAUUCUCGAACAUACAGAUUCGACUCUGCUGGAUUACCCAUACUUUCUGUAGAUGAUGUGGUGACACAAGUUCAGCCUUCUUCCCUUUGGUUAAAUAUACAGCAUGAUGCUUUCUAUACCCAGCAUAAUUUGAGCAUGAGUAACUACGUACUUUCUCUAACAAAGCGCGUCACUGUGAACUAUCUGUCCUCGCCAGAGUUAGCUUUCCUUAGGAGGAUAGCACCAAGUUUUACCAACACCAAGACAAAGCUCAUUUUCCGCUUUCUUGACAAAGGCAUUAAAGAACCCUCUACGAAUCGAACAUAUCGUUUACUGUUGAAUAAUCUCAAGUUGAUUAGGACCUUUGCUUCUGGAAUUCUUGUACCAAAGAGUUACAUUUGGCCAGUUACACCUGACAAUUAUUUGUUACCCUACACAUCUAUUGUCACCGAUGCUCAUAAAGCUGGGUUGGAGAUCUAUGCAGCAGAUUUUGCAAACGAUAACCUUUUCAGCUACAACUAUAGCUAUGAUCCACUAACUGAGUGUCUGUCUUUUAUCGACAAUGGUUUAUUCUCAGUUGAUGGGGUGGUGACAGACUUCCCUAUAACUCCCUCAGAGGCAAUAGGUUGUUUUUCUCGGUUAAAUAAAAGCAGGGUUGAUGGAAAACCAUUAAUCAUCUCAAACAAUGGAGCCAGUGGAGACUAUCCAGACUGCACUGAUCUGGCUUACAAUAAAGCAGUUGAAGAUGGUGCAGAUGUAAUCGAUUGUCCUGUUCAAGUAACACAAGAUAAAAUUCUCAUAUGCAUGAGUUCAGUAGAUCUCAUAGAGGAUACUACAGUCACAAAGUCACCCUAUAAAUCUCGGCUUUCCGAUAUACCUAAACUUAAGAGUACUGCUGGCAUAUUUACAUUCAAUCUCACAUGGAAUGAAAUUCAAAAGUUGAAACCAAUAAUCUCACAGCCAAUGUCUGAGUAUGGUUUGAAGCGGAAUCCACGAAACAUAAAUAGUGGAAAUUUCACAAAAUUAUCUGAUUUUUUGGCAUUGGCAAACAACAAGUCUCUGUCUGGAAUUUUGAUCGGCAUAGAGAAUGCAGUGUUUAUGGCUGAGCAAUUAAGAAUUGAUGUAGUAGAUGCUGUCAUUUCUGCUCUAAAUGAUGCGGGCAAAAACAAAACUGCUUCGGAAGUAAUGAUUCAGUCAACUGACAGCUCCGUGCUGGUGAAGUUCAAGCAGCUAACCAAGUAUAAGCUUGUCUACAAAAUCGAUGAGGUCGUUGGUGAUGCUAUUGCUUCCUCGGUAAAGGAUAUCGAAGCAUUCGCUGAUGCUGUGGCACUACCAAAGGAAUCCAUUUAUGCUGUUAACAAUCUGUUCACAACCGAAAUAACAGAUCUGGUCCCCAAGUUGCACGCUGCGGGCCUUGACGUGUAUGUUUAUGUGCUUCGGAAUGAGUUUGUGUCUCAACCAUGGGACUUCCUCUCAGAUGGCACCGUUGAGAUCAAUGCCUAUGUUGUCAAAGCCGGAGUGGAUGGGAUCAUCACAGACUUCCCAGGGACAGCUAGUCGUUACAAAAGAAAUUCGUGUAGCAAGUUGGGAAGUAAGAAACCCAACUAUAUGCUUCCUAUCAAAGCCGGCCAACUGUUACCGUUGAUGGCUCCUGACGCGCUGCCACCAGCCCUGGCUCCGAUGCCGGUACUGAACGCCUCUGAUGUGGUAGAGCCGCCUUUCCCACAGGUUACACCCAAGGGUUCAGUGGGAGCUGAGGCCCCUCCUCCAACGGCACCUCCAAAGGCACCUUCACCUUCGAGUGGGCAACAACAGAUCGCAUCGUUGUUACUUGCUCUUCCAAUGGUAAUGCUAUCUGUUAUACACCUGCUUGUGUGAGUCAUGGGGGAGCCCAGCUACUGAUGUGAUUAUUCUGCUUCCGUUGCUCUUCUUUUCGACUUAAUCCUACUUUUGGGAUUCAUCCUUGUGUUCAUUCUACUCAUAUCUACUCUUAUCAUGUAACAUCUGUUUGCAUGUAGCAUUGUGCAGGUGAAUUGGAACAACCUUUUCCUCAUUUCACACAAAACAUCUGUUUGCAUGGA